AUGGGCAGAGAUGCUCGCUUAGGAGGCGGCGGCUCUUCCAGGCAUCACACGUCUUCCAGGAAGAGGCACGAGCGCUCCGGUGGACCUCUCGGCGGCCUCAUGUCGCCUGCUCCUACUUACGCAAGCCACGCGUCCGGCGACCACCACAGCGCUGGCUAUGGCAUGAGCAGUGGCAGCAGGUCCCACCGCAGGCACGGCGUCUCCAGCCAACCAGAAAGUCCCUUCCCCGACGAUACUGCUGAGCGCCAGGCUUCCCGCAUUGUUCAGCUCCGGAAGAGCGCCGAGCAGCUGUUCAAGACCACACCCUGCACGGGGGCCACGUACAUCAUCAUGACACUUAUCACCUUCUGGUUCAUUGGCGUUAUCUACGGUGCGGCCAAGUUCUCGGCCGCAAGCAGCAACAUCCCAAGCGUGAAAGACCUGGACGAUCUAGGCGAUGCCAUGGUACUGAUCAGCCAUGACAAGACCGCUCAGGGGUAUCUGGUUGUGCUCGUUCUGUUCGUGUUCAGCCUGGCAUUCAUGUGGAUGUACCUUGGGGUUGUGGUGCUGUACAACACGGUAAUCAAUGAGAAGGGUCUGUGGACUUGGAUGAAGGAAGCGGAGGCUAAGAACGAGGGAGAACGGCAACUGUAUAAGGAUAAGAUGCAGCUCAAAGCCAAUAAGAUGGAGGCUGCGCAUGCACGGGGUACGCGAUGA